AGAAAAGCUGAUAAUUCAUCUCAUGCAUCAAAUGUUAACCCAAGAGUGGGAUCCUUUUCAUCAAUAAAAAGCGAAGUGUUUCAUUUUGAGUCAGGUCCUAAUUCAAGAGUACCAUCACUUUAUCCUGAGUCAAAUAAUUCAUCGAACCGUUCUGAAAGUAUUUCUUCAAUAAAAUCAAAUUGUAGCGAUUUUUCACUGGAUUCACUGGUGAAUGCUUUGAUAAAUGCGUUUGAAAAUCGCAUUCGAAACAUGGAGGAACAGUUAAAUAAACAGAAUGAAGAAUCUAUAAAUCAGAUGGAAACAUUAAAAAAAGUAGAGGAAGAAUUUAAAAAUCAGAUGGACUUAAUAAAAAAAGUAGAGGAUGAAUUGAAAAAGCAUCAAGCAAUUCGAAAGCAGAACAAACAUUUAAAAGAAAAAUUGAAAAAUUUGGAUGAAGAAUUGAAAAAAAGCAGACAAUAA